AUGAUUCACUUUUUGGAACAAGCAUAUGAAGUUGCAUAUAAAGAAAAAACAACUGCAUUCAUAGAAGAAAUCGAUCGGCUAACUGAUAAGAAGAAAUUAGAACAAUGUAUUAUUGAUCUUCGUUCAUAUGGUUAUUGCUCUGAAGAACGGUGGGACAACCGACAAGUGCCACAACUAAGCGUUGUCACGGUCAUUCUCGACAAUCAAUCUUGUAAUGCAUAUAUUAACGAGCGUGUGCCUGUGGUUCAGAUAUUUUGCGCGCUCGUGCAGCGUGGUCUAUUUGAUAGAGAUGCUGCUCAGAGUGCAUAUUUAAAGGAUGCUGAUGGUGUGGCAACAUUCGAAAUUGAGGAAAAGAUUCCAAUUCAACAACAUGAUGGUCGAUAUAUCGUUCAUCGGCGAGACAAAUCCUUCAGCAAAAUGAAAAUUUUUAUUCGCCGUUUCACUGGUAAAACUUUAACGUUGGAUGCUCUAGCACAAGAUAAAAUAGAACGAUUGAAGUGCCGAAUCUAUAUUAUGGAAGGUAUACCCGUUGGCCAGCAACGUCUAAUCUUUGCUGGUAAACAACUCGAAGAUGAACGAACAUUAGCUGAUUACGGGAUUUUACACGAAGGUACUUUUCAUCUUGUGCUACCUUUGAGGGGCGGAAAACCAAUCAUUCGUCUUCGUUCAUUAAAUAAUCAGAUCGUAUCAAAUGUUAGUGUUCAUCUUCAUCUAGCAAGUAAUAUUUGGAAUUUAUCAAGUAUAUAUCCAAUACCAUCAAAUACUGAUCGAAUGUCAUUUAUCGAAUGGAAUAAUAUUGAAGUUCAUCCGGAUGGACAAUUGCAUUUUAACAAUGACAUGAAAAUCCAACAAAAUGAUAUGUUUCCAAAUAUUUCAUUUGAACAAGAUCAUAAAAUGCUCUUUUGGGAAGCAUCGACGAAUAACAGUAUUACCUCAAAAUUCAAUUUAGAUAAAAGUCUUUGUGUAUCUCGACAUGAUUUUUCUCGUAUUCUCAAUUAUAUGUUGAAAGAAAUGACAUUUUCAUUAGAAGAUCGUGAUGAUAUGAUUACUUAUAUUCUACCACAAUUAGAUGAAGAAGAUCCAAAUCACGAAUAUAAGAACGUUAUAUUUCGAUUUCUUACACCUGAUGAAUAUUCAUCAGUAGCCGAACUUAAUGUUCGUCCAACACCCGAACGAAUGAUUCGUGCAUUUGUUGUAUUUAGUCUAAGUGAUGAUAAGAUAAAUAUCUCAACUAUGGAAGAUAUAAAUGGAAUGUUGAUGAAUUGGAAAUUUUCUGAAGACGAAAAUGAUAGCGGCUUGUUAGUACAUGAAUGGGGUUCGAUGUUUGUACCUUAUUGA